AAAAAGAAAUGGCGGCUCAAUCAAAAUGGUGAAGACUGCUGCUCUGGCUCGAUCUCGUACGGAAAUACCGGAAUUCUGAUGUCUGGACAUGUGUGUAUGGAAUAUGCAAUGGAUUUCUAUUUCUCCACACUAUGGCAAGAUCAAAGUCCUUCCGUCAACAAAUCUUGUGCAUCUGCAAGCGACUUAGUCUGUACAUAUUGUAAACCUGCAACGCUUUUAAUUUGUCAGGAUUUGUGGUACAGUGAUCUGUGAAGGCAAUACAUUUCCAGAAUUUUACUUCUACGAAUUGCAUUGGAAUGCAUAAAAGACAAAUGAAAUGAUAAAUUCCACCAUCGAACAGUCCAGGUGAGCCAGGUACAUUGUAGUUGGCAUAAUUAUUUGGGUUAUACCUGGACAUUUAAGGAUUUCCCAUCCAAUGUUGAUUUGGACGAAUUGCUUGAGGAUAUCUUUGUGCACCUACCUCACUAUGGCACGGGGACAUGCAACCAAGGUUCUGAAUGUAGCUGAGAAGAAUGAUGCUGCCAAGUCAAUAGCUGAUGUCAUGUCUAGGGGCAGAUACAAUAGGAGAGAGGGUUUCUCAAAGUUCAACAAGAUAUAUGAAUAUGACUACAGUCUACUGAAUCAGCAAUGUGAGAUGACCAUGACAUCUGUCUCGGGGCAUCUCUUGAACUAUGAAUUUGCUCUAGCCUAUCAGAAAUGGCAUUCAUGCAACCCAGUAGCCCUUUUUGAUGCCCCUGUGCAGAAAGGCUGUCCAGAUAAUUAUAGAGAUAUCAAGAGAACGUUAGAGAGAGAAGCAAGAUCUGCUGAUGUCCUUGUCAUUUGGACUGAUUGUGAUAGGGAAGGGGAGAAUAUCGGCUAUGAGGUCAUUGAUGUCUGCAGAGCAGUGAAACCCAGACUGGAUGUGUACCGAGCAAGAUUCUCAGAGAUCACUCCGCAAUCAAUCUCCCGUGCCUGUGCAAACCUUGCCAGACCCGAUGAGCGUGUUUCACAAGCAGUGGAUGUCAGGCAGCAGCUUGACCUUAGGAUAGGUGCUGCUUUCACUCGGUUCCAGACCCUACGUCUCCAGAAAGUCUUUCCCGAUCUUCUGCAGAACCAGCUCAUCAGUUUUGGCUCCUGCCAGUUCCCUACUCUAGGUUUUGUUGUGGAGCGCUACAAGCAGGUUGAGGCCUUCAUUCCAGAGACAUUCUACAAGAUCAAAGUUACUCAUAAGACUGAAGAUGGACUAGUAGAAUUCAACUGGAAGAGGCAUAGGUUAUUUGAUCAGCUGGCCUGUCAAGUCUUCUAUGAAAUCUGCACUGAGAACCCUCUUGCAACUGUAGUUGAUGAGCGUAGUAAACCAAAGAGUAAAUGGAGACCACUACCUCUUGAUACUGUGGAACUUGAGAAGCUUGCUGCCCGUAAACUGAAGAUAAGUGCUCAGCAAGCCAUGAAGAUAGCUGAAAAACUCUAUACUCAGGGAUUCAUCAGCUACCCCCGUACAGAAACCAAUAUAUUUCCUAAGGAACUCAAUCUAGUUCCACUGAUAGAGAAGCAGACACAGGAUCCUCAGUGGGGAGGUUUUGCAGGCAACCUCCUCCAGCAAGGGCCAAACCCACGGCAGGGUAAGAAGACCGACCACGCCCAUCCCCCCAUCCACCCUACCAAGUACACCGGCACACUACAGGGCAAUGAACAGAGGGUCUAUGAGCUAGUAGUAAGACAUUUCCUCGCUUGCUGUUCACAGGAUGCCCAAGGUAAAGAGACCAUUGUCAAUAUAACGAUCGCUGAAGAGGAGUUCACUGCUACUGGACUAAUGAUAAUAGCUAGGAACUACCUGGAUGUCUACCCGUACGAUAAGUGGAACGCCAAGAUCAUCCCAGUUUAUGACAGAGGACAAACCUUUGAACCAACUUCAAUUGAGAUGAUUGAUGGUCAAACUCAAGCCCCUCCCCUUCUCACUGAAGCUGAUCUUAUUACUCUCAUGGAUAAGCAUGGCAUUGGCACUGAUGCGACACACGCAGAGCACAUCGAGACCAUCAAGUCUCGGCUGUAUGUAGGAGUGCGUCCCGACGGCCGCUUUGUGCCCGGGGAGCUCGGCAUGGGAUUGUGUGAAGGCUAUGAUAACAUGGGCUACGAGCUUUCUAAACCGAACCUCAGAGCAGAACUGGAAUCAGAUCUUAAAAGAAUAUGCGAUGGACAGAAGAACCCGGAUAAUGUUCUUGCUCAACAAGUCGAGAAAUACAAGCAAGUUUUCAUCGAGGCUGCAAGAAAGGCGACCAUGUUAGACAGUGCAUUAGAACAGUAUUUGGGCCAGCCUGCUCAGUCCCACAAUGCAACAACAUUCCAGGUGAGUGCGCCCUCCAUUGUCAGGAAAUGUCCGCACUGUAACGAGUCAAUGACCCUGAAGGAGAGGAAAGCCGGUGGAUGGAUGGUCAGCUGUAUGGGGUACCCAGGAUGCAAAGCGGCCGUCUGGUUCCCGGCCGUCAUAGAGUCUGCCGAGGUUUCCGAUACAGUCUGUCAGCAGUGUCGGCCUGGACCAGUCAAUAAGAUCAAGUUCAAGUUCAAGAGAGGAUCUGUACCCCCUAUGAUACCGCUUGAAUAUGAAGGAUGUAUUGGAGGGUGUGACACAACACUUAAAGAUGUCUUGGAUCUCAAUCUAUCUUACCUUAGACCAAGAGAUCAGAGUAGUCAAGCUCUUGGCAACAGAACUGUAAACAGAGGAGGAGGUGGUGGUGGUGGUGGAAGAGGAGGUGCUGGAGGAGGAAGAGGAGGAGGUCUAGGAAGAGGGGGAGGUACGGGUGGAGGAUUUAAGAACAGCACUGGAAGAGGAGGAGGAAGAGGUGGAUUUGUAGAUGGAAGCUCUUUAGACAUGGAUGAUGAAGCUUCACAUUGGUUUGACUCUGGUAGCGCUCCAUCGUCAUCUUCAUCAUCUACUAGAAAUGUACAGUUUGGAAACUCGAGAGGGGGAAGAGGAGGAGGAGGAGGAGGAGGAGGAGGAGGAGGAUGGAAUAAUAAUUCUUCCUCAUCAAGAUCGUACUCUACAUCCUUUGGAAAUGAUACUGCAAGGACUCCUUUAGCUCAAAUUCCAGCAAGGAAUGGUAAUAGAAACAGUGGAAGUACAAGUAAUGCUGUGGUGUGUAGCUGUGGUCAAGAUGCUGUUCAACUCACAGUGAGGAAAGAGGGUCCGAAUCAAGGUCGACAGUUCUUUAAAUGCCAAUCAGGAGGAUGCAACUUUUUCCUCUGGUCUGAAGAAAACACAGAGAACUCCUCAACACUAGGGCUGGGCAAUACAAGCUGGAACAACUCGAGUCCCUCUUUCAGUGGUGGCUUCGACACCCCUGCCACUGGCAGGAUGAGUGAUCGAUCCAGUGGCUAUGGUUCUGGUGACCAGGGUUCUUCCACUAAUGUGUGGGGGGAGGUUAUGUGCCAGUGCAAUGAUGCUGCAGUACAACGAACUGUUCAGAAGGAGGGUCCAAACCAAGGUCGUCAGUUCUAUGUGUGUGGUAAAUCAAGAGAGAAGCAAUGUUCAUACUUCCAGUGGGCUGAUGAAGAACCAAAGACCGGUGGAGGGGGAGGUGGCUUCCGUGGGGGCUCUAGAGGUGGCAGAGGAGGAGGAGGAGGUAACAGGUCAUCUUCAUUCCAAGGUGGUCGAGGUGGAAGAGGGAGAGGAAGAGGAGGAGGAGGAGGAGGUGGUGGUGAUGGAGGUGGGCAGAGCAAGAGAAGGAAACCGACAUGCAGUUUGUGUCAUGAAGAAGGUCACACUAAACGAUCAUGUCCACAGAAAUGAGUCUCCAGAUACAGAAUGAGGGACAACUCUGGAAAAUAGAAAGCAGUCAGUACUAUUACAGCUUUAAAGACAAUACAGAUUUUAAUUCAUCCUAUUGUAUAUAGUAUCCAUGUCAGUUCAGUUGACUAAAGUACCAUUUGAGAUACUUUUAUAUACUAUGCUUUGCAACUAAUGACGAGUCUCGCAGCAUCUGUAAUUCUUCCAUUUUGUACAUUGAGUCCUCACUUCAUGAAGUGUAUAGCUGUGAGGAAAUACUGUAAAAAUAUUUCAAUAUUGAUAGCACAUCUAAAAAUUUGAUUAAAAAACUAUGAAAUAUAUAUGCUGUGCUAUAUAUCACCAUAAAUGAAAUCAGGUUUUCAGUAUAUAUUACCUCAAUUGUAAAAGUGAGAAGUCAAUUGUCAGUACUUUGAGGACACAAUUAUAUUGAUAUAGUAAAUCUUAUAUAUUAAGCUU